AAGACGAGCAGGCACCGAGAAAAAAGAAGUUCACAUCAGCUCAGAGCCGAGGAGGGAGGGCGAGACGGGGGAAAACGCCCUGGAAAACUUGGUCGAUCGAGAAGCACGCAAAAAGGAGUGACAGAGUCCGUGCAGGCUGCGAAGUUGUGAGUGGAAGAAGCCGCUGUUUCGGGGCUGGGGAGAAGGGGAGACGACACGUUUUCAAGGAUGCUCAAGCUGGUUUAAGGCUUCUUGGGCGCAAAGACUGCGCACAGAAGUCGAGAAAGCGGCAGCAUCAGCAUCAGACUGAAGCCCUCAGCUUCGCUUGAGCAAUCCGAGGAAAACAAACGGAGAGUCCCACCACACCAGGGCUAAUACAGAGAAAAGCAAAUACAAGAUGGCUGAAGAGGAAGAAACCAGGGAGGUACUCUUUGCAGACUGGGAAGGUCCAGACAAAUCUGGACUGACCAUUGAGCAGACAACUGGAGGAGAGAUUCUCGUUAAAGAGGUGAAAGGGGAGUCACCCGCAGGGCGGUCUGGAAGAGUACAUGAAGGUGACCAUAUUGUUGGUGCCACUAUCUACUUUGACAAUAUGAGCUCACAGGAGACAGCUGAAUUACUGAAGACACUGAACCGGCACAAAGUUGGACUGAAACUACAAAACAGAGGAGAAAAAUCCCCUUACUCAUCUCCCUUGAGUACACCAUGCCGUUCACCAAUAGGUACACUGACAUGGGAAGGGAAGACACGGUAUGGAGGUUCAAGUCCAGACAUCAUUCUUAGUGGGGAUGAUGAGGACUAUAAGAGAAUAUACACAAAAAAGAUCAAACCAAGGCUGAAGUCUGAAGACCUUGCAGAGGGAGUAGAUGUUCGCACGGAGCGUCACAGCAGCACCAGUAGUGAUGGCAGCACAAUUACUACCAUCACCCGUCGCAUCACUACCUACACUGUGGACAUGCCAAGCGGCAUAAGCGAGCAACUUGAGCUUUCAAGCCCAGGGUUCAAGGGGAUAAGACACGAGUCUGCAGAUGGUUCUCCUAGUAUCAAAAUCACUCAUGAGAGUCUUUCAGGUAAAGAAGGUGGAGAGGAGGGUGUAUUUGAUACAAGCAAUAUUUCUUACACCGGGCCACAUGUACGCUCAACAGUAAAGACUGCAACAAUUACAAGAGAUGUAGAAAUAGAAAGUGGUACAGGUGGCAGAUUUCAAGGGCCUAACUUUGGAGUAACGGUGGGUAAAGAACAAGGAGGUUUUGGGAUCUCAAAGAGUACAGAACAAGGAGAUGUAAACACUCAAAUGUCAGACAAAAGCACAACAUUAAAAGACAGAAAAAACACAGGUCAUGGUCAUGUUACCUUUGGACUAGGGGGAGAUGCAGAGGAAGGAAGCAGCGCCAGCUUAGGUGAAAAAGCUAUAUCUGAAAUUACCAUCACUCGCCCACAGGCAAAGGGAUCAGGCAGCACUGAUGGAGUCAGACUUGAUGGAGGUUCCACAGGUAUUGAUAGUGAACAGGGGGGUUUUAAAAUAUUUGGGUCAUCAAUAACAACAGGCAGUGUAACCUCAGGAUGUUCCCCUGAGUCAGGGAAGAUUUCAGUAGAAGGUAUGGAUGUCAGCCUAACAAGUUCAAAGUUAAAAGAUAAAACUGAUGUCAACCUGACAAGUGCAAAGAAAGCUUCUGCAAUAGUCACAGAUGUUCCAGGCUAUGAAACCGAGAUCAAUAUGAGUGGCAAAACAAUGUCAACCGCUGGGAUGCCUGGAUUUGGAAUGAAGAAAAUGAAAAACGAGGGAACUAGUGUUGAAGUUACAGUCAGUGGUGAUGCAGAUAUUUCUGGACCUUCGCCAUACAAGGUGGGGCAAACAACAGAACUAGACAUUAAGAAGACAAGUAUGCAGAUCAAACCUCCAAGUGCAGGACUUAAAGGAACAGCUUUAAGUCUUUCAGAGGGAGCAACUUCAUCCCUAGGUCGGGAUAUAACACUGAAGGGUUCUAAAAUAGACGUUAAAGGUGCAGACGUUGGCAAAACUGUUGAGGUUAAAGCUCCAGAUGCUAUUAUUGAAAGCUCCAAAAUACAAAUAAAAGAUCCUAAAAGUGAGGGACAGGCUGUUUCACUUCCAAACAAUGAAGAACAAGUAAAAGGUUUUAGAGUUGAUACUAAAGUCCCUGGUGUUCAUAUCAACCUUUCCAAAGAUGACACAUUACCUGACGUGACCAUCAAAGGUCCAGAGAUUGAUGUGAAAGUACCAGAAGUUGAAACUGAAGUACCUGAAAUAAGUCUAAAAAGUACUAAAUUUAUUAAGCCAUCGAUUUCAGGGUCAGAAAUGUUUAUACCGGAUCAGGAUUUCAGUCUGAAAGGUCCCAAAAUUACAGGGGACAUUAAUGUAUCAGCUCCAAAUGUAAAAGGAGACAUCAAAGCAACGGAUGUGGACAUCAAAGAUCUUGAGGUUGAUGUUAAGGUGCCAAAGGCUGGAUUCGGCAUGCCCAAAACCGAAAUGCCAAAAGUUGGCUUGAAAGGUCCACAGUUUGAGGGUCCAGAUGUUAGUGCAAUUAUUCCUGAAGCUAAAAUUGAGGCAAAAGUACCAAAGGUUGAUGUUAAAGCUCCAGAGCUUCACAUUGAAAGACCCGAUGUGACAGCAAAGGACUCAAAAUUCACUGGGCCUAAGAUUUCAGGACCAAAGAUGCCAGAAUUGGACAUGAAGUUUGAAGGUCCUAAAAUAAAGGGAGAAACAGAUGUUUCACUUCCAAAAGUGGAAGGAGAAGGUCCUGAGAUUGAUAUUGAAGGAUUGGGAGGAUUUAAUCUGCCUAAAUUCAAAAUUCCCAUUUUUGGCAAGAAGACUCCAAAUGUAGAAGGCCCAGAUAUUGACAUCAAUCUUCCCAAACCCGAAAGCGAUGUGAAAUCACCUGAUGUUGACAUAAAAGGCCCAGGGCUAGAAAUUGAAGGACCAGACAUAAAAACCAAAGGAUCUAAAUUCAAAGUGCCAAAAUUCUCAGGACCCAGUGUUUCCCUGCCAGAUGUGGAUUUCAACAUGAAAGGUCCUAAACUGAAAGGUGAUGUGGAUAUUUCAGUUCCAAAUAUGGAGGGAGACAUAAAAACACCUGAAACUGCCAUUAAAGGUCCAGAGGUUGAUGUGAAUGUACCUGACGUUGACAUCAAAAAGCAGAAGAUUGAUGUUAAAGUUCCUGAUAUAAAUGUCAAAGGUCCCAAAUUCAAUAUGCCAUCAAUUUCAGGGCCAAAUCUAUCUAUGCCAGAUGUGGAUUUCAAUGUGAAAGGUCACAAAAUGAAAGGGGACAUUGAUGUAUCAGCUCCAAAUUUAAAAGGUGACAUCAAAUCAUCUGAUGUGAACAUCAAAGGUCCAGAAGUUGAUGUUAAGGGUCCAAAGUUUGGAUUCGGCAUGCCCAAAAUCGAAAUGCCAAAAUUUGGUUUGAAAGGUCCACAGUUGGAGGGUCCAGAUGUUAGUGCAAAUCUUCCUAAAGGCAAAAUCGACGUAGAAGUACCAGAAGUUGACAUUGAUGCUCCUGAACUCGAUCUUGAAGGACCGGAUGUAAAAACCAAAGGCUUAAAAUUCUCCAUGCCAAAGCUUUCAGGACCAAAGAUGCCAGAGUUUGACCUAAAUUUGAAAGGUCCAAAACUAAAAGGAGAAACUGAUAUUUCGCUACCAAAAGUUGAAGGAAACAUUGAAGGUCCUGGGAUCAAAACAGAAGGACUGGAUGUCAGUGUUGAGGGCCACACAGAUGGAUUUAAACUGCCUAAGAUGAAAAUACCUGGAUUUAAAUCAAAACCUCUAGAUGUUGAAAGCCCAGAUGUUGACAUGAGCCUUCCCAAAUCUGAAAUUGAUGUGAAAUCCCGUGAUGUUGACAUGAAAGGCUCAGGGCUAGAAAUCGAAGGACCAGACAUAAAAUCCAAAGGAUCUAAAUUCAAGGUCCCAAAAUUCUCAGGACCGAACGUCUCUUUGCCAGAUUUGGACUUCAACGUCAAAGGUCCUAAACUGAAAGGCGAUGCGGAUGUUUCAGCUCCAAAAAUACAGGGAGACAUAAAAACACCUGAAACUGCCAUUAAAGGUCCAGAGGUUAAUGUGAAUGUACCAGACAUUGACAUGAAGAAGCCAAAGAUUGAUAUUAAAGUUCCUGAUAUAAAUGUCAAAGGCCCCAAGUUCAGUAUGCCAUCAAUUUCAGGGCCAAAUCUAUCUAUGCCAGAUGUGGAUUUCAAUGUGAAAGGUCACAAAAUGAAAGGGGACGUUGAUGUAUCAGCUCCAAAUUUAAAGGGAGACAUCAAAUCAUCUGAUGUUAAUAUCAAAGGUCCGGAAGUUGAUGUUAAGGGUGCAAAGUUUGGAUUCGGCAUGCCCAAAAUCGAAAUGCCAAAAUUUGGUUUGAAAGGUCCACAGUUGGAGGGUCCAGAUGUUAGUGCAAAUCUUCCUAAAGGCAAAGUCGACGUAGGAGUACCAGAAGUUGACAUUGAUGCUCCUGAACUCGAUCUUGAAGGACCUGAUGUAAAAACCAAAGGCUUAAAAUUCUCCAUGCCGAAGCUUUCAGGACCAAAGAUGCCAGAGUUUGACCUAAAAUUGAAAGGUCCUAAAAUAAAGGGAGAAACGGAUGUUUCGCUACCAAAAGUUGAAGGAGAUAUUGAAGGUCCUGAAAUCGAUACUGAAGGACUGGAUGGCAGCAUUGAGGGCCACACAGGUGGAUUUAAACUGCCUAAAUUCAGAAUGCCCGUAUUUAAGUCAAAGACCGAAAAUGUGGAAUGCCCAGAUGUUGACAUAAACCUUCCAAAACUGGAAACUAAUGUGAAAUCACCUGAUGUUGACAUGAAAGGCCCAGGGCUAGAAAUCGAAGGACCAGACAUAAAAACCAAAGGAUCUAAAUUCAAAGUGCCAAAAUUCUCAGGACCGAGCGUCUCUUUGCCAGAUGUGGAUUUCAACAUGAAAGGUCCUAAACUGAAAGGCGAUGUGGAUGUUUCAGCUCCAAAAGUCGAGGGAGACAUAAAAACACCUGAAACUGCCAUUAAAGGUCCAGAAGUUAAUGUGACUGUACCAGACAUUGACAUCAAAAAGCCAAAGAUUGAUGUUAAAGUUCCUGAUAUAAAUGUCAAAGGUCCCAAGUUCAAUAUGCCAUCAAUUUCAGGGCCAAAUCUAUCUAUGCCGGAUGUGGAUAUUAAUGUGAAAAGUCCCAAAAUAAAAGGGGACGUUGAUUUAUCAGCUCCAAAUUUAAAGGGAGACAUCAAAUCAUCUGAUGUUGAUAUCAAAGGUCCGGAAGUUGAUGUUAAGGGUCCAAAGUUUGGAUUCGGCAUGCCCAAAAUCGAAAUGCCAAAAUUUGGUUUGAGAGGUCCACAGUUGGAGGGUCCAGAUGUUAGUGCAAAUCUUCCCAAAGGCAAAAUCGACGUAGAAGUACCAAAGGUUGACAUUGAUGCUCCUGAACUCGAUCUUGAAGGACCUGAUAUAAAAACCAAAGGCUUAAAAUUCUCCAUGCCAAAGUUUUCAGGACCAAAGAUGCCAGAGUUUGACCUAAAAUUGAAAGGUCCUAAAAUAAAGGGAGAAACGGAUCUUUCGCUUCCAAAAGUUGAAGGAGAUAUUGAAGGUCCUGAAAUCGAUACUGAAGGACUGGAUGGCAGCAUUGAGGGCCACACAGGUGGAAUUAAACUGCCUAAAUUCAAAAUGCCUGUAUUUAAAUCAAAUACUGCAAAUGUGGAAUGCCCAGAUGUUGACAUAAACCUUCCCAAGCCCGAAAUUGAUGUGAAAGCCCCUGAUUUUGACAUGAAAGGCCCAGGGCUAGAAAUCGAAGGACCAGACAUAAAAACCAAAGGAUCUAAAUUCAAAGUGCCAAAAUUCUCAGGACCCAGUGUUUCCCUGCCAGAUGUGGAUUUCCACAUGAAAGGUCCUAAACCGAAAGUUGAUGUGGAUGUUUCAGCUCCAAAAAUAGAGGGAGACAUAAAAACACCUGAAACUGCCAUUAAAGGUCCAGAGGUUGAUGUGAAUUUACCAGACGUUGACAUCAAAAAGCCAAAGAUUGAUGUUAAAGUUCCUGAUAUAAAUGUCAAAGCUCCAAAGUUCAGUAUGCCAUCAAUUUCAGGGCCAAAUCUAUCUAUGCCAGAUGUAGAUUUCAAUGUGAAAGGUCCCAAAAUGAAAGGGGACGUUGAUGUAUCAGCUCCAAAUUUAAAGGGAGACAUCAAAUCGCCUGAUGUUGAUAUCAAAGGUCCGGAAGUUGAUGUUAAGGGUCCAAAGUUUGGAUUCAGCAUGCCCAAAAUCGAAAUGCCAAAAUUUGGUUUGAAAGGUCCACAGUUGGAGGGUCCAGAUGUUAGUGCAAAUCUUCCUAAAGGCAAAAUCGACGUGGAAGUACCAGAAGUUGACAUUGAUGUUCCUGAACUUGAUCUUGAAGGACCUGAUGUAAAAACAAAAGGCUUAAAAUUCUCAAUGCCAAAGCUUUCAGGACCAAAGAUGCCAGAGUUUGACCUAAAAUUGAAAGGUCCUAAAAUAAAGGGAGAAACUGAUGUUUCGCUUCCAAAGGUUGAAGGAGAUAUUGAAGGUCCUGAAAUCGAUACUGAAGGACUGGAUGGCAGCAUUGAGGGACACACAGGUGGAUUUAAACUGCCUAAAUUCAGAAUGCCCGUAUUUAAAUCAAAGACUGCAAAUGUGGAAUGCCCAGAUGUUGACAUAAACCUUCCAAAACCCGAAAUUGAAGUGAAAUCACCUGAUGUUGACAUGAAAGGCCCAGGACUAGAAAUCGAAGGACCAGACAUAAAAACCAAAGGAUCUAAAUUCAAAGUGCCGAAAUUCUCAGCACCGAACAUCUCUUUGCCAGAUGUGGAUUUCAACAUGAAAGGUCCUAAACUGAAAGGCGAUGUGGAUGUUUCAGCUCCAAAAGUCGAGGGAGACAUAAAAACACCUGAAACUGCCAUUAAACGUCCAGAGGUUAAUGUGAAUGUACCAGACAUUGACACCAAAAAGCCAAAGAUUGACGUUAAAGUUCCUGAUAUAAAUGUCAAAGGCCCCAAGUUCAGUAUGCCAUCAAUUUCAGGGCCAAAUCUAUCUAUGCCAGAUGUGGAUUUCAAUGUGAAAGGUCCCAAAAUGAAAGGGGACAUUGAUGUAUCAGCUCCAAAUUUAAAGGGAGACAUCAAAUCAUCUGAUGUGGACAUCAAAGGUCCGGAAGCUGAUGUUAAGGGUCCAAAGUUUGGAUUCGGCAUGCCCAAAAUCGAAAUGCCAAAAUUUGGUUUGAAAGGUCCACAGUUGGAGGGUCCAGAUGUUAGUGCAAAUCUUUCUAAAGGCAAAAUCGACGUGGAAGUACCAGAAGUUGACAUUGAUGCUCCUGAACUCGAUCUUGAAGGACCUGAUGUAAAAACCAAAGGCUUAAAAUUCUCCAUGCCAAAGCUUUCAGGACCAAAGAUGCCAGAGUUUGACCUAAAAUUGAAAGGUCCUAAAAUAAAAGGAGAAACAGAUAUUUCACUUCCAAAAGUUGAAGGAGAUAUUGAAGGUCCUGAGAUCGAAACUGAAGGACUGGAUGGCAGCAUUGAGGGCCACACAGGUGGAUUUAAACUGCCUAAAUUCAGAAUGCCCGUAUUUAAGUCAAAGACUGCAAAUGUGGAAUGCCCAGAUGUUGACAUAAAUCUUCCCAAACCCGAAAUUGAUGUGAAAUCACCCGAUGUUGACAUAAAAGGCCCAGGACUAGAAAUCGAAGGACCAGACAUAAAAACCAAAGGAUCUAAAUUCAAAGUGCCGAAAUUCUCAGCACCGAACAUCUCUUUGCCAGAUGUGGAUUUCAACAUGAAAGGUCCUAAACUGAAAGGCGAUGUGGAUGUUUCAGCUCCAAAAAUAGAGGGAGACAUAAAAACACCUGAAACUGCCAUUAAAGGUCCAGAGGUUAAUGUGAAUGUACCAGACAUUGACAUCAAAAAGCCAAAGAUUGACGUUAAAGUUCCUGAUAUAAAUGUCAAAGGCCCCAAGUUCAGUAUGCCAUCAAUUUCAGGGCCAAAUCUAUCUAUGCCAGAUGUGGAUUUCAAUGUGAAAGGUCCCAAAAUGAAAGGGGACGUUGAUGUAUCAGCUCCAAAUUUAAAGGGAGAUAUCAAAUCACCUGAUGUUGACAUCAAAGGUCCGGAAGUUGAUGUUAAGGGUCCAAAGAUUGGAUUCGGCAUGCCCAAAAUCGAAAUGCCAAAAUUUGGUUUGAAAGGUCCACAGUUGGAGGGUCCAGAUGUUAGUGCAAAUCUUCCUAAAGGCAAAAUCGACGUAGAAGUACCAGAAGUUGACAUUGACGCUCCUGAACUCGAUCUUGAAGGACCUGAUGUAAAAACCAAAGGCUUAAAAUUCUCCAUGCCAAAGCUUUCAGGACCAAAGAUGCCAGAAUUUGACCUAAAAUUGAAAGGUCCUAAAAUAAAAGGAGAAACAGAUAUUUCACUUCCAAAAGUUGAAGGAGAUAUUGAAGGUCCUGAGAUCGAAACUGAAGGACUGGAUGGCAGCAUUGAGGGCCACACAGGUGGAUUUAAACUGCCUAAAUUCAGAAUGCCCGUAUUUAAGUCAAAGACUGCAAAUGUGGAAUGCCCAGAUGUUGACAUAAAUCUUCCCAAACCUGAAAUUGAUGUGAAAUCACCCGAUGUUGACAUAAAAGGCCCAGGACUAGAAAUCGAAGGACCAGACAUAAAAACCAAAGGAUCUAAAUUCAAAGUGCCGAAAUUCUCAGCACCGAACAUCUCUUUGCCAGAUGUGGAUUUCAACAUGAAAGGUCCUAAACUGAAAGGCGAUGUGGAUGUUUCAGCUCCAAAAGUCGAGGGAGACAUAAAAACACCUGAAACUGCCAUUAAAGGUCCAGAGGUUAAUGUGAAUGUACCAGACAUUGACAUCAAAAAGCCAAAGAUUGACGUUAAAGUUCCUGAUAUAAAUGUCAAAGGCCCCAAGUUCAGUAUGCCAUCAAUUUCAGGGCCAAAUCUAUCUAUGCCAGAUGUGGAUUUCAAUGUGAAAGGUCCCAAAAUGAAAGGGGACGUUGAUGUAUCAGCUCCAAAUUUAAAGGGAGAUAUCAAAUCACCUGAUGUUGACAUCAAAGGUCCGGAAGUUGAUGUUAAGGGUCCAAAGUUUGGAUUCGGCAUGCCCAAAAUCGAAAUGCCAAAAUUUGGUUUGAAAGGUCCACAGUUGGAGGGUCCAGAUGUUAGUGCAAAUCUUCCUAAAGGCAAAAUCGACGUAGAAGUACCAGAAGUUGACAUUGACGCUCCUGAACUCGAUCUUGAAGGACCUGAUGUAAAAACCAAAGGCUUAAAAUUCUCCAUGCCAAAGCUUUCAGGACCAAAGAUGCCAGAAUUUGACCUAAAAUUGAAAGGUCCUAAAAUAAAAGGAGAAACAGAUAUUUCACUUCCAAAAGUUGAAGGAGAUAUUGAAGGUCCUGAGAUCGAAACUGAAGGACUGGAUGGCAGCAUUGAGGGCCACACAGGUGGAUUUAAACUGCCUAAAUUCAAAAUGCCCGUAUUUAAGUCAAAGACUGCAAAUGUGGAAUGCCCAGAUGUUGACAUAAAUCUUCCCAAACCUGAAAUUGAUGUGAAAUCACCCGAUGUUGACAUAAAAGGCCCAGGACUAGAAAUCGAAGGACCAGACAUAAAAACCAAAGGAUCUAAAUUCAAAGUGCCGAAAUUCUCAGCACCGAACAUCUCUUUGCCAGAUGUGGAUUUCAACAUGAAAGGUCCUAAACUGAAAGGCGAUGUGGAUGUUUCAGCUCCAAAAGUCGAGGGAGACAUAAAAACACCUGAAACUGCCAUUAAAGGUCCAGAGGUUAAUGUGAAUGUACCAGACAUUGACAUCAAAAAGCCAAAGAUUGACGUUAAAGUUCCUGAUAUAAAUGUCAAAGGCCCCAAGUUCAGUAUGCCAUCAAUUUCAGGGCCAAAUCUAUCUAUGCCAGAUGUGGAUUUCAAUGUGAAAGGUCCCAAAAUGAAAGGGGACGUUGAUGUAUCAGCUCCAAAUUUAAAGGGAGAUAUCAAAUCACCUGAUGUUGACAUCAAAGGUCCAGAAGUUGAUGUUAAGGGUCCAAAGUUUGGAUUCGGCAUGCCCAAAAUCGAAAUGCCAAAAUUUGGUUUGAAAGGUCCACAGUUGGAGGGUCCAGAUGUUAGUGCAAAUCUUCCUAAAGGCAAAAUCGACGUAGAAGUACCAGAAGUUGACAUUGACGCUCCUGAACUCGAUCUUGAAGGACCUGAUGUAAAAACCAAAGGCUUAAAAUUCUCCAUGCCAAAGCUUUCAGGACCAAAGAUGCCAGAGUUUGACCUAAAAUUGAAAGGUCCUAAAAUAAAAGGAGAAACAGAUAUUUCACUUCCAAAAAUUGAAGGAGAUAUUGAAGGUCCUGAGAUCGAAACUGAAGGACUGGAUGGCAGCAUUGAGGGCCACACAGGUGGAUUUAAACUGCCUAAAUUCAGAAUGCCCGUAUUUAAGUCAAAGACUGCAAAUGUGGAAUGCCCAGAUGUUGACAUAAAUCUUCCCAAACCCGAAAUUGAUGUGAAAUCACCCGAUGUUGACAUAAAAGGCCCAGGACUAGAAAUCGAAGGACCAGACAUAAAAACCAAAGGAUCUAAAUUCAAAGUGCCGAAAUUCUCAGCACCGAACAUCUCUUUGCCAGAUGUGGAUUUCAACAUGAAAGGUCCUAAACUGAAAGGCGAUGUGGAUGUUUCAGCUCCAAAAAUAGAGGGAGACAUAAAAACACCUGAAACUGCCAUUAAAGGUCCAGAGGUUAAUGUGAAUGUACCAGACAUUGACAUCAAAAAGCCAAAGAUUGACGUUAAAAUUCCUGAUAUAAAUGUCAAAGGCCCCAAGUUCAGUAUGCCAUCAAUUUCAGGGCCAAAUCUAUCUAUGCCAGAUGUGGAUUUCAAUGUGAAAGGUCCCAAAAUGAAAGGGGACGUUGAUGUAUCAGCUCCAAAUUUAAAGGGAGAUAUCAAAUCACCUGAUGUUGACAUCAAAGGUCCGGAAGUUGAUGUUAAGGGUCCAAAGUUUGGAUUCGGCAUGCCCAAAAUUGAAAUGCCAAAAUUUGGUUUGAAAGGUCCACAGUUGGAGGGUCCAGAUGUUAGUGCAAAUCUUCCUAAAGGCAAAAUCGACGUAGAAGUACCAGAAGUUGACAUUGACGCUCCUGAACUCGAUCUUGAAGGACCUGAUGUAAAAACCAAAGGCUUAAAAUUCUCCAUGCCAAAGCUUUCAGGACCAAAGAUGCCAGAGUUUGACCUAAAAUUGAAAGGUCCUAAAAUAAAAGGAGAAACAGAUAUUUCACUUCCAAAAGUUGAAGGAGAUAUUGAAGGUCCUGAGAUCGAAACUGAAGGACUGGAUGGCAGCAUUGAGGGCCACACAGGUGGAUUUAAACUGCCUAAAUUCAGAAUGCCCGUAUUUAAGUCAAAGACUGCAAAUGUGGAAUGCCCAGAUGUUGACAUAAAUCUUCCCAAACCCGAAAUUGAUGUGAAAUCACCUGAUGUUGACAUGAAAGGCCCAGGACUAGAAAUCGAAGGACCAGAAAUUAAAACCAAAGGAUCUAAAUUCAAGGUCCCAAAAUUCUCAGGACCGAACAUCUCUUUGCCAGAUGUGGAUUUCAACGUCAAAGGUCCUAAACUGAAAGGCGAUGCGGAUGUUUCAGCUCCAAAAAUACAGGGAGACAUAAAAACACCUGAAACUGCCAUUAAAGGUCCAGAGGUUAAUGUGAAUGUACCAGACAUUGACAUCAAAAAGCCAAAGAUUGAUGUUAAAGUUCCUGAUAUAAAUGUCAAAGGUCCCAAAUUCAAUAUGCCAUCAAUUUCAGGGCCAAAUCUAUCUAUGCCAGAUGUGGAUUUCAAUGUGAAAGGCUCCAAAUUGAAAGGGGAUGUUGAUGUAUCAGCUCCAAAUUUAAAGGGAGACAUCAAAUCAUCUGAGGUGGACAUCAAAGGUCCGGAAGUUGAUGUUAAGGGUCCAAAGUUUGGAUUCGGCAUGCCCAAAAUCGAAAUGCCAAAAUUUGGUUUGAAAGGUCCACAGUUGGAGGGUCCAGAUGUUAGUGCAAAUCUUCCUAAAGGCAAAAUCAACGUAGAAGUACCAGAAGUUGACAUUGAUGCUCCUGAACUUGAUCUUGAAGGACCUGACGUAAAAACCAAAGGCUUAAAAUUCUCCAUGCCAAAGCUUUCAGGACCAAAGAUGCCAGGGUUUGACCUAAAAUUGAAAGGUCCUAAAGUAAAGGGAGAAAUGGAUGUUUCGCUUCCAAAAGUGGAAGGAGAUAUUGAAGGUCCUGAGCUUGAAACUAAAGGGCUGGAUGCCAGCGUUGAGAGACACAAAGGUGGAUUCAAACUGCCUAAAUUUAAAAUGCCCGUAUUUAAAUCAAAGACAGCUAAUGUGGAAUGCCCAGAUGUUGACGUCAACGUUUCAAAGCCAGAAAUUAAUGUGAAACCACCUGUUGUUGAUAUAAAAGGCCCAGGGCUAGAAAUCGAAGGACCAGACAUAAAAACUAAAGGAUCUAAAUUCAAAGUGCCAAAAUUCUCAGGACCCAGUGUUUCCCUACCAGAUGUGGAUUUCAACAUGAAAGGUCCUAAACCGAAAGGUGAUGUGGAUAUUUCAGUUCCAAAAUUGGAAGGAGACAUAAAAACACCUGAAACUGCCAUUAAAGGUCCAGAGGUUGAUGUGAAUGUACCAGACGUUGACAUCAAAAAGCCAAAGACUGAUGUUAAAGUUCCUGAUAUAAAUGUCAAAGGUCCCAAGUUCAGUAUGCCAUCAAUUUCAGGGCCAAAUCUAUCUAUGCCAAAUGUGGAUUUCAAUGUGAAAGGUCACAAAAUGAAAGGGGACGUUGAUGUAUCAGCUCCAAAUUUAAAGGGAGAUUUCAAAUCACCUGAUGUGGACAUCAAAGGUCCGGAAGUUGAUGUUAAGGGUCCAAAGUUUGGAUUUGGCAUGCCCAAAAUCGAAAUGCCAACAUUUGGUGUGAAAAGUCCACAGUUGGAGGGUCCAGAUGUUAGUGCAAAUCUUCCUAAAGGCAAAAUCGACGUAGAAGUACCAGAAGUUGACAUUGAUGCUCCUGAACUCAAUCUUGAAGGACCUGAUGUAAAAACCAAAGGCUUAAAAUUCUCCAUGCCAAAGCUUUCAGGACCAAAGAUGCCAGAGUUUGACCUAAAAUUAAAAGGUCCUAAAAUAAAAGGAGAAACAGAUAUUUCACUUCCAAAAGUUGAAGGAGAUAUUGAAGGUCCUGAGAUUGAAACUGAAGGACUGGAUGGCAGCAUUGAGGGCCACACAGGUGGAUUUAAACUGCCUAAAUUCAAAAUGCCCAAGCUCAAUACAAAGACUCCAAAUGUGGAAUUUCCAGAUAUUGACAUCAAUCUUCCCAAAACCGAAAUUGAUGUGAAAACCCCUGAUGUUGACAUGAAAGGCCCAGGGCUAGAAAUUGAAGGACCAGACAUAAAAACCAAAGGAUCUAAAUUCAAAGUGCCAAAGUUUUCUGGACCAAACAUCUCUCUGCCAAAUAUGGAUUUCAAUAUCAAAGGUCCUAAACUGAAAGGCGAUGUGGAUGUUUCAACUCCAAAAAUAGAGGGAGACAUAAAAACACCUGAUGUUUCCAUCAAAGCUCCAGAGGUCGAUGUGAAUGUACCAGACGUUGACAUCAAAAAGCCAAAGAUUGAUGUUAAAGUUCCUGAUAUAAAUGUCAAAGGUCCCAAGUUCAGUAUGCCAUCAAUUUCAGGGCCAAAUCUAUCUAUGCCAGAUGUGGAUUUCAAUGUGAAAGGUCCCAAAAUGAAAGGGGACGUUGAUGUAUCAGCUCCAAACUUAAAGGGAGACAUCAAAUCAUCUGAUGUAGACAUCAAAGGUCCGGAAGUUGAUGUUAAGGGUCCAAAGUUUGGAUUCGGCAUGCCCAAAAUCGAAAUGCCAAAAUUUGGUUUGAAAGGUCCACAGUUGGAGGGUCCAGAUGUUAGUGCAAAUCUUCCUAAAGGCAAAAUCGACGUAGAAGUACCAGAAGUUGACAUUGAUGCACCUGAACUCGAUCUUGAAGGACCUGAUGUAAAAACCAAAGGCUUAAAAUUCUCCAUGCCAAAGCUUUCAGGACCAAAGAUGCCAGAGUUUGACCUAAAAUUGAAAGGUCCUAAAAUAAAGGGAGAAACGGAUGUUUCGCUUCCAAAAGUUGAAGGAGAUAUUGAAGGUCCUGAAAUCGAUACGGAAGGACUGGAUGGCAGCAUUGAGGGCCACACAGGUGGGUUUAAACUGCCUAAAUUCAAAAUGCCCAGACUUAAUACAAAGACUCCGAAUGUGGAAUUUCCAGAUGUUGACAUAAACCUUCCCAAACCUGAAAUUGAUGUGAAAUCACCUGAUGUUGACAUGAAAGGCCCGGGGCUAGAAAUCGAAGGACCAGACAUAAAAACCAAAGGAUCUAAAUUCAAAGUGCCAAAGUUUUCUGGACCAAACAUCUCUCUGCCAAAUAUGGAUUUCAAUAUCAAAGGUCCUAAACUGAAAGGCGAUGUAGAUGUUUCAGCUCCAAAAAUAGAGGGAGAAUUAAAAACACCUGAUGUUUCCAUCAAAGCUCCAGAGGUCGAUGUUAGUGUACCAGACGUUGACAUCAAAAAGCCAAAGAUUGAUGUUAAAGUUCCUGAUAUAAAUGUCAAAGGUCCCAAGUUCAGUAUGCCAUCAAUUUCAGGGCCAAAUCUAUCUAUGCCAGAUGUGGAUUUCAAUGUGAAAGGUCCCAAAAUGAAAGGGGACGUUGAUGUAUCAGCUCCAAAUUUAAAGGGAGACAUCAAAUCAUCUGAUGUGGACUUCAAAGGUCCGGAAGUUGAUGUUAAGGGUCCAAAGUUUGGAUUCGGCAUGCCCAAAAUCGAAAUGCCAAAAUUUGGUUUGAAAGGUCCACAGUUGGAGGGUCCAGAUGUUAGUGCAAAUCUUCCUAAAGGCAAAAUCGACAUAGAAGUACCAGAAGUUGACAUUGAUGCUCCUGAACUCGAUCUUGAAGGACCUGACGUAAAAACCAAAGGCUUAAAAUUCUCCAUGCCAAAGCUUUCAGGACCAAAGAUGCCAGAGUUUGACCUAAAAUUGAAAGGUCCUAAAAUGAAGGGAGAAACGGAUGUUUCACUUCCAAAAGUUGAAGGAGAUAUUGAAGGUCCUGAAAUCGAUACUGAAGGACUGGAUGGCAGCAUUGAGGGCCACACAGGUGGAUUUAAACUGCCUAAAUUCAGAAUGCCCGUAUUUAAAUCAAAGACUGCAAAUGUGGAAUGCCCAGAUGUUGACAUAAACCUUCCCAAACCCGAAAUUGAUGUGAAAUCACCUGAUUUUGACAUAAAAGGCCCAGGACUAGAAAUCGAAGGACCAGACAUAAAAACCAAAGGAUCUAAAUUCAAAGUGCCGAAAUUCUCAGCACCGAACAUCUCUUUGCCAGAUGUGGAUUUCAACAUGAAAGGUCCUAAACUGAAAGGCGAUGUGGAUGUUUCAGCUCCAAAAAUAGAGGGAGACUUAAAAACACCUGAAACUGCCAUUAAAGGUCCAGAGGUUGAUGUGAAUGUACCAGACGUUGACAUCAAAAAGCCAAAGAUUGAUGUUAAAGUUCCUGAUAUUAAUGUCAAAGGUCCCAAGUUCAAUGUGCCAUCAUUUUCUGGACCAAAACUUCCAGAGGUUGACAUUGAUUUGAAAGGGCCUAAAAUAAAGGCUGGGGUCGACAAUUCAGUUCCAAAUAUCGAGAGUGAUACAAAUGCACCCAACAUUGAUAUUCACGGACCUAAUCUUGAUACUAAAGGAAGCAAAGGUAGAUUUACAUUGCCUAAAUUCAGACUCCCAUCGCUUGGUGGAAAAAGUCCAAAUGUUAAAGGUUCAGAACAUGAUGCAUCUUUACCGAAAGGUGACAUUAAUGUCACACCCCCUAAGGUGGAUAUCAAGGGAGGAGACCUUGAAAUUGAGAGCCCAAGCGGUACACUCAAAGGUCCUAGGUUCAAUGUACCUUCAUUUUCAGGACCAAAGUUUUCUUUGCCAGAUGUGGAUUUUAAUCUGAAAGGUACCAAAAUGAAAGGGGACGUUAACGUAUCAGCUCCAAAUAUAAAGGGAGACAUCAAAUCACCUGAUGUAGACAUCAAAGGUCCGGAAGUUGAUGUUAAGGGUCCAAAGGCUGGAUUUGACAUGCCUAAAUUCCAAAUGCCCAAAUUUGGUUGGAAAGGUUCACAGUUUGAGGGUCCAGAAGUUAGUGCAAAUCUUCCUAAAGGCAAAAUCGAUUUAGAGGUACCAGAGGUUGACAUUGAUGCUCCAGAACUUAACAUUGAGGGACCUGAUGCAAAAACCAAAGGCUUGAAGUUCUCCAUGCCAAAGCUUUCAGGACCAAAGUUGCCAGAGUUUGACCUAAAAUUGAAAGGUCCUAAAAUAAAAGGAGAAACAGAUAUUUCACUUCCAAAAGUUGAAGGAGAUAUUGAAGGUCCUGAGUUUGAAACUGAAGGACUCGAUGGCAGCGUUGAGGCACAUACAGGUGGAUUUACACUGCCAAAAUUCAAAAUGCCUGGACUUAAUUCAAAGACUCCAAAUGUGGAAUGCCCAGAUGUUGACAUCAACCUUCCCAAACCUAAAAUUGAUGUAAAAUCACCUGAUGUUGACAUGAAAGGCCCAGGGCUAGAAAUCGAAGGACCAGACAUAAAAACCAAAGGAUCUAAAUUCAAAGUGCCAAAGUUUUCAGGACCGAACAUCUCUCUGCCAAAUAUGGAUUUUAAUAUCAAAGGUCCUAAACUCAAAGGAGAUAUGGAUGUUUCAACUCCAAAAAUAGAAGGAGACAUAAAAACACCUGAUGUUUCCAUCAAAGCUCCAGACGUUGAUGUGACUGUACCAGACGUUGACAUCAAAAAGCCAAAGAUUGAUGUUAAAGUUCCUGAUAUAAAUGUCAAAGGUCCCAAGUUCAGUAUGCCAUCAAUUUCAGGGCCAAAUCUAUCUAUGCCAGAUGUGGAUUUCAAUGUGAAAGGUCCCAAAAUGAAAGGGGACGUUGAUGUAUCAGCUCCAAAUUUAAAGGGAGACAUCAAAUCAUCUGAUGUGGACUUCAAAGGUCCGGAAGUUGAUGUUAAGGGUCCAAAGUUUGGAUUUGGCAUGCCCAAAAUUGAAAUGCCAAAAUUUGGUUUGAAAGGUCCACAGUUGGAGGGUCCAGAUGUUAGUGCAAAUCUUUCUAAAGGCAAAAUCGAUGUAGAAGUACCAGAGGUUGACAUUGAUGCACCUGAACUCGAUCUUGAAGGACCUGAUGUAAAAACCAAAGGCUUAAAAUUCUCCAUGCCAAAGGUUUCAGGACCAAAGAUGCCAGAGUUUGACCUAAAAUUGAAAGGUCCUAAAAUAAAAGGAGAAACUGAUGUUUCACUUCCCAAAGUUGAAGGAGACAUUGAAGGUCCUGAGAUUGAUACUGAAGGACUGGAUGGCAGCAUUGAGGGCCACACAGGUGGAUUUAAACUGCCUAAAUUCAAAAUGCCCAGACUCAAUACAAAGACUCCAAACGUGGAAUUUCCAGCUAUUGACAUAAACCUUCCCAAACCUGAAAUUGAUGUGAAAUCACCUGAUGUUGACAUGAAAGGCCCAGGGCUAGAAAUCGAAGGACCAGACAUAAAAACCAAAGGAUCUAAAUUCAAAGUGCCAAAGUUUUCUGGACCAAACAUCUCUAUGCCAAAUAUGGAUUUCAAUAUCAAGGGUCCUAAACUCAAAGGUGAUGUGGAUGUUUCAACUCCAAAAAUAGAAGGAGACAUAAAAACACCUGAUGUUUCCAUCAAAGCUCCAGAGGUUGAUGUGACUGUACCAGACGUUGACAUCAAAAAGCCAAAGAUUGAUUUUAAAGUUCCUGAUAUAAAUGUCAAAGGUCCCAAGUUCAAUAUGCCAUCAAUUUCAGGGCCAAAUCUAUCUAUGCCAGAUGUGGAUUUCAACGUGAAAGGUCCCAAAAUGAAAGGGGACGUUGAUGUAUCAGCUCCAAAUUUAAAGGGAGACAUCAAAUCAUCUGAUGUGGACAUCAAAGGUCCGGAAGUUGAUGUUAAGGGUCCAAAGUUUGGAUUCGGCAUGCCCAAAAUCGAAAUGUCAAAAUUUGGUAUGAAAGGUCCACAGUUGGAGGGUCCUGAUGUUAGUGCAAAUCUUCCUAAAGGCAAAAUCGACAUAGAAGUACCAGAAGUUGACAUUGAUGCUCCUGAACUCGAUCUUGAAGGACCUGACGUAAAAACCAAAGGCUUAAAAUUCUCCAUGCCAAAGCUUUCAGGACCAAAGAUGCCAGAGUUUGACCUAAAAUUGAAAGGUCCUAAAAUAAAGGGAGAAACGGAUCUUUCGCUUCCAAAAGUUGAAGGAGAUAUUGAAGGUCCUGAAAUCGAUACUGAAGGACUGGAUGGCAGCAUUGAGGGCCACACAGGUGGAUUUAAACUGCCUAAAUUCAAAAUGCCCAGACUUAAUACAAAGACUCCAAAUGUGGAAUUUCCAGAUGUUGACAUAAACCUUCCCAAACCUGAAAUUGACGUGAAAUCACCUGAUGUUGACAUGAAAGGCCCGGGGCUAGAAAUCGAAGGACCAGACAUAAAAACCAAAGGAUCUAAAUUCAAAGUGCCAACAUUCUCCGGACCAAACGUCUCUUUGCCAACUGUGGAUUUCAACAUGAAAGGUCCUAAACUGAAAGGCGAUGUGGAUGUUUCAGCUCCAAAAAUAGAGGGAGAAUUAAAAACACCUGAUGUUUCCAUCAAAGCUCCAGAGGUUGAUGUGAAUUUACCUGACGUUGACAUCAAAAAGCCAAAGAUUGACGUUAAAGUUCCUGAUAUAAAUGUCAAAGGUCCCAAGUUCAAUAUGCCAUCAAUUUCAGGGCCAAAUCUAUCUUUGCCAGAUGUGGAUUUCAAUGUGAAAGGUUCCAAAAUGAAAGAGGACGUUGAUGUAUCAGCUCCAAAUAUAAAGGGAGACAUCAAAGCACCUGAUGUGGACAUCAAAUGUCCAGAGGUUGAUGUUAAGGUUCCAAAGGCUGGAUUUGACAUGCCCAAAAUCGAAAUGCCAAAAUUUGGUUUGAAAGGUCCACAGUUGGAGGGUCCAGACAUUGGUGGAAAUCUUAAAGUUAAAGUAGCAUCACCAGAUGUUUCAAUUGAAAAGAAGUCAAAAUUUAAAAUACCAAAAUUUAAGGGCCAAAAGUUUAAAACCCCUGAAACCGACAUUACACUUGCACAGGGAGAUUUCAGCAUUCCAACAGCUUCAGGGGAUGUGGGUGUUUCACUUCCAAAGGCUAAAGGGGAAGCAAAAGCUCCUGAGCUAGAGUUUGAAGGACAUGAACUUGCUGUUGAAGGACACCAAGGUACCAGCAUAACAGUACCCAGCAUCACAAUGGAAGGUGAAAAGACUAGUGUUACAUUUCCCAAGUUUAAAGGUCCCAAGUUUGGAAUGAAAUUCUCAGAAAAGGGGGGCUCUGACUACAAGGUUAAGUCAGCAACGUUCAGUGGAGAAGCAUCAGGUUCUAAGACAGAAGGUAGUUUUGUAGACAUUGAAGGGGCUCCAGAUAUCAAUUUAAAGGGGAAAAAGGGUAUAUUUAAACUUACAAAAGCAAAAGGAAAGGCAAAGAAAGCUGACAUUCAAACAGAAUCUUCAGCGGUAGACCUCAACACGGACACGCCCAAUAUCUAUGUUAAAGGAACAAAGGUAAAAAAGCCACUUUUUGGUAAGCUUAAUUUUCCUGAUGUGGAAUUGGAUAUCAAAUCACCAAAACUGAAAAGUGAUGGCUCCUUGUCAGAAGGGUUGAAAUCUUCUGAGGUGGAUCUGCCAUCUGCUAGCUUAAAAACCACUCUCGGAGGUUCUGGUGUUGACAGUCCAAGUCUCAGUUUGGAAGGGCCUGAGGUAAAAUUACAGACUCCUUAUACUAAAGUGUCAAAUGCAAAGGUUGAUGCAGAGCUUAGUGGUUCAGGAGGCAGUACAACUGAUAGUCUACAAUACCCAGAGGGUACUGUGACAUUUCCCAAAAUCAAAGCACCCAAAUUUGGUAUUGCCCUGCCCCAGCUAGAAGGCCAAGAAGGUGGAAGAAAUAUUGAAUUAGAAUGUGCAGGCAGUAGGGACAUAAACAUACAAACUCCAUCUCUCAGUUAUCAAGCCAGUUCACAAAAUAUUGAGGUUCCUCAUGCAGAGGUGAAGCAAAGUGAAAGCAAAGGUAAAGUUAAGAUGCCAAAAUUAUUUGGAAAAUCAAAGGUGAAGGGCAGUAGUUCAGGAGACCUUCAAGGACCAGAUGUGGAAAUAAGUACUAGUGGAAAGGACCUAAGCGCACAUAGCAGAGAACCUGUGGGAGGGAAACUAGAAGUAGAGGAUGAUCCAAGAGUCAGUGUGUCAGCUAAAGGCAAGUCAGCUUCAUUGGAUCUGUUUAAGAAAUCAAGGCAUCGGUCUUCUUCUCUAAGUGAUGAGGGGGGGCUUGCAGUCAGUUCUCCUUCAACACAUUUAGAAGCUGAGGGUGGUGACAUUUCAAUAGACUUGGGAGGGAGCAAAUUUAAAGGAAAGAAAGGCAAGUUGAAGUUCGGCACAUUUGGAGGUUUUGGUUCGAAGUCAAAGGGCUCAUAUGAAGUGUCACUCGGAGAAGACAGAGAAGCAGAGAUGGAGGGAAGUGCAGGUGUUCCUUUACCCACCAAAAAAUCGAGACUGUCUUCAUCUUCCAGCACUGACAGUGGUUCAAGAAGUGGGUUUAGGCUCCCAAGACUUGAACUAUCUGUCUCUCCAAAGAAAGAUUAAUUAUGAGGAUAAUUCAAACUUAUGUUUUCAGAUGUAUAUUAUUACCCAAGGGAUGUUCAUAAUCAUCUCAUUGACUACAAAUAGUAGUAACAGUAACAUAUAGCAAUUUUUUUAGUCAUUAGAGAGGAGUGCAUGAAUUUGUUUUAAAUCCCCUCAAAUUGUAAAUAAGAUUAAUUUGUACGUAAUAAAAAGUAUAGUUUUGUACAUAGAUCAGAUUUUUGAAAAUAUGCCAUCUGAUUUUUUACAAAAGGUUUAUCAUCAAGUUGUCAGCACGUUUGUCAUUUAAUAAAGUAAAUAUUCAGAGCAGUGCUACAGUACAUGUGGUAGGGUGUGGUAAAUUUGUAUCAAGGGUUUACAGAAGAGAUACAACAAUGAUUAAUAGUUACGUUGAAGGAAAGUAUGCAUUUACCAAGACAGAAUAAUACAUUACCAGAUUGUGUGAUAUUAUUUUUUCAUGCUUUAAUGUGAUGUAACCGGAUAUGCUUAUAUGCAAUAUAAAACUGUGCCUUUAUGACACAUAAUAGUUAGUAUUUUGUAUAUAGCAUAAUUGCAAAGACAAUCACUGUUUAGAAACUGACAACUUAACAAAGGACAUUCAGUACCUUUGGGUUAAUUGUUAAGAACAUUUAUGCAGCUUUUAGCUCUAAAAUUCCAUAAAUAUACAUUUGCUCAAGAUGGUUUAAACAUAUUUUGUUUGCUAAUUUUGUCAUUUACAUAAUUACAUGUUUUAUGUUUCUGUACAUUUUUUGUCACACUGCUUAUAAUUAUGUGAAACCAUGUCACAAUUGCAAAUUGUCACUUUUUUUUGGAUUUGUUUGUAAAGAAAUUAGUUUUAAUAGAGUGUUACAGCUGAGGUUUGAUCAGGUAUGAUGGAGAAAGAACAUGAAUCUUUAUGUCUAAUAUUUUUAUGUGCAUUCUGCCAAAUCAGCUAAAUAAAAAGAUUUAUAUAAUUGAAAGGCAUGUUGAACUAGUAUUUACUAAUAACAUUUAUCACAUUAUAUCAUAAUGUGUUGUUUUCCAAGGCUUUAGUGGAAACAGAAAAGUGUAAUAAGUUGAAAUGUGGAAAAUUAAAUGUAAAUACAAAAUAAAUCCUACCAUUAAUUUUA